AUGACAUGGCCCUCCAUCGCCGCAAACAUCACGUCGUAUAAUAAAACAUCCAAGGAGAAAUUCAUCAAAGAAGUUGAGGCAGCGGUUGGACCAGAGGGAUUCAUGAUAUUUGGUGAAUUCAACCACGGCUCCUGGCUUCCACUCUUCAACGUCGACACCAAUCCACACCUUGAAAUCAAACGUAUCAUACUUGGCAAUCCACUAAUAGCCAUUACUAUGCUUUCUCAAUCCAGCAAAUCUCUCAACGCCGGGCUUUUUGUGCCCGUGGAAAUCUUGGUCCGCGAGUUACCGGGCGAAAAAGGAACAGAGAUUAUGUGGCAAGUACCUAGUACUAUAAUUGCUGCUGUAGACGAUGGCAAUAAAGGGUUAUUGGCUGCGGCAAAAGUUCUAGAUGGAAAGUUGGAGGGAUUGGUGAAUGUUAUUGGCGGUAGUGAUGAGUGUGAGUGA